UGGGUAUCAUACUUUAGAUGGCGUUCAAAACACUGUACAAAUUUUUAACAUGGGAGUUGACUCACCCCAUUCGCUUUCCAAUAAAUAUGGCGGCGCUGAGAGGUUGUGUUUCGGCUGUCUGCGACAUUCUACCAAACAAAAAUGCCAUAAAUUUACUUGGACAUGGCUUGCAACAGUUACGAAACUACGUCGGCUGCAGAGUGAUUCGCGAUCAGAAACGUAGGAGAUGGGCAAAGGAGUAUGCAGAAGAACGAUUGCGAUUGGUCGUCUUGAAGCGUAAUGAUAUCCUGCCAAUCGAGAUAAGAGAGCUCGCUGGCAAGCAAAUAGAUGAGACAAUUCCCAGACAGACUGCGUUGAGACAAUUAACACCAAGAUGUGUGGUGACGUCUCGAGGCCGAGGUACAGUACAACGGUGGAGGCUAUCGCGAUUCAUCUUUCGUCACCUGGUCGACUAUAAUAAAAUGGCUGGAGUGCAACGUGCCAUUUGGUAGAAUGAUUUACGUAUCUUGGACUAUAUAUUACUAGCCUGUUGUUGAAUUAAUGAAGCAUAAAUGAUACAUGAUGGAAUAUGUGAAUAGAAUUAAAUAAAUCAUCGUUACUAUAUUUUCCUA